CAUUAUAAAAUAUUGCCAGAAUUAUCAAUUCAUGAGGCAGUCCUGUCCUCUUGUAGUUCCAGCCCCAUCUUUCUAUAUUUACCCACAAUUCCCUUUAUCUUCUUUGCACACCAAGCAAUAUCAAAUCUUCAAAAAUGAAGAAAGUUCGCAUUACUUGUCUCCUACUCUUGUUUGUUCUUGUAGCUUCUGCUACUGUAAUGGCUGAGGCGCAGAAAUGCAAACCAAGUGGCAGAGUGAAGGGAAAGAAGCCUCCGAAUGAAUGUAACCACAACAACGAUUCUGAUUGCUGCGAAGAAGGCAAGUUCUACACUACCUAUACGUGUUCACCACCGGUGACUAAGAGUACAAAGGCGACUUUGACCAUCAAUAGCUUUCAGAAAGGUGGAGAAGGCGGUGGACCGUCAGAAUGUGACCAAAAGUACCAUGACGAUGAUACGCCUGUGGUGGCAUUGUCGACUGGAUGGUUCAAUCACAAGAAGAGGUGCCAUAAUUACAUAACCAUUCAUGGGAAUGGAAAGAGUACUAAGGCUAUGGUGGUGGAUGAAUGCGACUCUACCAUGGGGUGCGAUAAUGAGCAUGGUUAUCAGCCACCAUGUGCAAAUAACAUUGUCGAUGCAUCAAAAGCAGUUUGGAAAGCUUUAGGUGUUAAGGAAAGUGAUGGCAGAUGGGGUUGGAUGGAUAUCACCUGGACAGAUGCUUGAUUUUCCAACAUCAAUAAGGCCUCAUUUCAGAAAUCUAGCAAUAAUGCAUGUCGAACUCUUCAAUACUUGUUAAGGAGUUCGUGCCAAUAAGAUUGUUUACAUGCAUUGUACCGACAGCAAUGCAUCAGAGCAUGAGAGUACAAUAAAAAUGAUUACUCAGUUUACUGAAAUAAA